AUGGCAGACCAUCUCCGCCUCCCCCAGGUCGAACUAAGCAAGAAGUGUGACGAUCUUUGUUCCGAAUUUCUCAUCUCAUCGCAAAUCCACGAAGCAAGUGGCAAGCCACGCUACUACAUUGACUUUAAAACGGCCAUGUUUGCGGUCGGCGCUCGUUUGAAGGGGAUCGAGAAGAUUUUAGACGCGAAAAAGGACCCCAUGGAAGAACAGGCCAUGGAGUGUCGAAACUGCGAAGUCAAAUUGGCUAUGAACAAGCUUUACUACCCAGCUGGCGAGGAAGGCUUUGCAUGCCCCAGAUGCAACAGGACGUUAGAGCUCGUCUCAAUGCCCGAUUCCUCCGGCGUGGCGGCUGCUCCCAUAAUCCGGGAAGACCUGAAUUUCUUUUUCCGUCUUUUAAGGGAGGCCGACGAAGCAUACAAGGCCGAGUUCCCCGGUGAAGCAACCAGCUGGAGUUAUGGUGAAAUAUAG